AUGGCUACUGAGCACAGGUUUUCGUGUGAAUCAUGCUCUCAUCUUUACGAUAUGGAGAACAGUGUUGUGUUGAAGAGAAAGUGUCGUGAAAUCGGACAGUCGUCGCCUUCAAUGAUGUGGAAGAGGUCGAUUGUGCAAGCGACGGCUGUGCGGUCGCGCUCCGCGGCCCUGGGCCUGCUGCUCGCCGUGACUCUUUGUACUUGGCGUGGCGGUGGCUGUGCAGACCUAGUGAUAGAAAUACCGGGGUCUGGCGGCGGUGAUUCAGCGCCCUUGGACGGUGGUCAGUUCCGGCUGGAUUACCGACCCCCGCAGGGCACGCCGGCCCCAAACUUCACCGUCCCUGCCCGGGCUUCAACAAUAAACUUCCAAGGUCUCCCUGGCACUAAAUACCACUUCAUGCUGUAUUACUCAAAUGCUACUUUUGCUGACCACUUGACAUGGAACCAGACCAUCAUAACAGCGCCGGAGCCGCCGACGAAUUUGACGGUGACGCUAGGCCGCAACAAGCAGGCCGCCAUCUCGUGGUCCCCGCCAACACACGGCGACUACACUGGCUUCAGAUUCAAGGUGAUUCCUCUAACGGAACGCGCAGAAGGCGGCGCUCGUAACAUCACGGUGGAGGGCGCCGGCAACUGGACGUACCAACUUCGAGAUCUGUCUCCCGGUGCUACCUACCAGCUGCAUGCCUUCACGCUAUUGCACGACAAGGAGUCCGCCGCCUACGCCUCCAGGAACUUCACCACCAAGCCCAACACGCCCGGCAAGUUCAUCGUUUGGUUCCGCAACGAGACGACGCUGCUGGUGCUGUGGCAGCCACCAUAUCCACCCGGCGCUUACACGCACUACAAGGUAUCAAUAGUACCGCCCGAUGCCCGCGAUUCCGAGUUAUACGUCGAAAAGGAGGGCGAACCGCCCGGGCCGGCGCAAGCGGCGUUCAAGGGGCUGGUGCCAGGGCGAGCUUACAACAUUAGCGUACAGACAGUGUCGGAGCCCGAGAUCUCCGCGCCCACCACCGCCCAGUACCGGACCGUACCGCUGCGACCUCGAAACGUGACCGUGCCGCUCGCCGACUUGAAGGAGACCUCAUUUAAAGUAACCUGGCUACCGCCCCUCGAGGAGAGCGAGUUCGAGAAGUACCAAGUGACGGUGUCGAGCGCGAGCGGCGCGGGCGGCGGGCGGCGCACGCCGGUGGUGCGCGCGCGCAACGACACGCCCGCCACCUCCUUCGACGGGCUGGAGCCCGGCGCGCCCUACACCGUCACCGUCAAGACCAUGUCGGGCAAGGUCACCUCGUGGCCCGCCGCCACCGAUCUCACGCUCAAGCCUCUGCCGGUGAAGGGUCUCGACUGGCGCUACGCGGACGGGCCGGAGGGCGGGGUCAUCGUGUGGUGGACUCCUUCAGAGGGAAGCAUACAGGAUGAAUACAAGGUGUCUUACCACGAGUCGGGCCCGUCGCGUGACGACAGCAGCACGCUCACCGUGAGCGACACGAGCGUGCCGCUGCGGAGCCUGCUGCCCGGCAGGAACUACACCGUCACUGUGAGCGCCGUGUCGCGCGGCGUGGAGUCGAACGAGAGCGUGUUCAGCGUGCCCACGCGGCCGCUGGCGCCCGUCGUGGAGUCGGCCGCGCCCGGCGACGCCGAGCUGCGCCUGGCCUGGCGCUCCGACGUCAACUCGCGCCAGGACAGCUACGAGCUGCGCUACCGCCGCCGCCGCCCGCCCGAGCCCUACCGCAAGCUGGAGACGAACGACACGAGCGCGACGCUACGCGACCUGUUCCCGGGCGCCGUGUACGAGAUCGAGCUGGCCGCCAUCAGCUACAACCUGCACAGUGACUCGCACACGCUGCUCAAGCCCGUCCGUCCGCUGCCCCCGCUGCAGGUGCGCGUGUCGCACGCCACGUCCAACAGCGUGAACGUGACGUGGAGCGGGCCCCCGGCCUCGGCCAGCGCGCUGGGCGGCUACGCGCUGCGCUACCGCACGCGCGGGGAGCCCCGCUGGCGCGCGCUCGACCUGCUCGCGCCCAGGGCCUCCACCGCCGAGAUAACGAACAUGACGCACGGAGAGUUCUACAUCAUCCGCCUGGACACGGUGAGCGAGGACGCGGAGGGGGAGACCGUGGAGAGCGACCGCCCCGUCUCCACCGAGUACACUGUCCGCCCUAACCCCGUGUCGAACGUGGCGCCGCUGGUGGACACGCGCAACCUGACGCUGGAGUGGCCCGUGCCCGAGGGCCGCGUGGAGUGGUACUCGCUGAGCUGGUGGGCGGAGGACGAGCCGGCGCGCGGCGGCUCGCAGAACAUCAGCGCGCCCGCCCCCGCGCGCUCCGUGCGCGCGCUCCUCGGCGACCUGCAGCCCGGCGCGCCCUACGUCAUCACCAUCGCCGCGCACUCCUACAACCUCACCAGCGAGCUCUUCACCAUGCAGACGCGCACGCGUCCGCUGAUCCAAUCGGAAAUGACGAUCGUUCACGAGACCGGUGAAGAUGACGAAAACGACACCCUCUCCACUACACUUAAAGUGAUCUACACCCGCACCCCGGAGUCUGCGUCUCAGUUUGACUCGUACCGGUUCCGGCUGGAGGGGGAGGGGUCGACCCCUCGUACGGUGUCGCGAUCCUCCAACGCCACUAACCAGACCGUGGUGUUUGAGCAAUUGGUGCCGGGCCGCCUCUACAACGUCACCAUGUGGACCGUCUCGCGCAACGUCACCAGCCACCCCGUGCAGCGCCAGGCUCGACUGCACCCGCGGCCCAUCACGCAGCUGAACGCGACGGAGAUCGGCGCGCGCUGGAUCACGCUGGCGUGGGACCGGCCGCGCGGCGACUUCACGGACUUCGAGGUGCAGUACCUGACGGAGGCGGAGGCGGCCGAGCACUCGCCCGAGCAGCUGCGCACGCACAGCACGGCGGCGCUGGGGCUGCGCGUGGACGCGCUGCGGCCGCACGCGCGCUACACGUUCACGGUGCUGGUGCGCGCGGGCCACGCGCAGGGGCUGCGCGCCGUGUCCCGCGCGCUGUCGGCCGAGUUCCGCACGCGCCAGGCGCCGCCCGCCGCCCCCGCCGACUUCCGGCCGCUGGACGCCACGCCCUCGCGCCUCACCUUCGUGUGGCGCCUGCGCCCGCAGGACCAGCACGGCGUGCUGCGCCGCUUCCUGCUCGACUACGCGCCGCAGGACCAGCCCGACAAGAUCACCACGCUCGAGUUCCCGCCCGACGCUCGGUCGGGCUCGGUGUCGGGGCUGGCUCCGGGCGGCACGUACACGUUCCGCGUGCGCGGCGAGACCGGCGCGGGCGCAGGCGACGCGGCGCUGUGGACCGAGCACAUGGCCAUCGGCGCGCCGCCCCGCCCCGACCCGCACGCGCUGCCCGCAGAGGUCCGGCGCUCGUCGUCGACGGUGGCGGUGCGUUUCCGCGCCGACUACUUCUCGGCGGCCAACGGCAACGUGACGGCGUACACGCUGGUGCUGAGCGAGGAGCCGCGCAACGACACGCCGGCGCGCCUGCCCUCGUGGCGCGACGUGCACGCGCUGCCCGUGUGGCCGCCCUACCAGGUGACGGAGCCGUACUACCCGUUCAGCUCGUCGCCGGUGGAGGAGUUCACGAUCGGGUCGGAGCGCUGCGACGCGGGCGGGCGCGCCUACUGCAACGGGCCGCUCAAGCCGGGCACGCGCUACUUCGUCAAGCUGCGCGCCUUCACCGCGCACGACAAGUUCACCGACACCUCCUACACCGUCGUCUACACAGAGGUGGACAACACGGCGUGGAUCAUAGGCGCGUGCGUGGGAUGCGCGCUGCUGGCGGGCGCGGGCGCGGCGCUGGCCGGGGCGCGCCGCCGUCGGGGCCGAGCCGCGCCCGCCGCGCAGGCGCCGCCCGCCGCGCGCUCGUGCCGCCCCGUGCGCGUCAGCGACUUCAUCGACCACUACCGCCUCAUGGCCGCCGACUCCGACUUCCGCUUCAGCGAGGAGUUCGAGGAGCUCAAGCACGUGGGCCGCGAGCAGCCCUGCACGGCCGCCGACCUGCCCGUCAACCGCCCAAAGAACCGCUUCACCAACAUCCUGCCCUACGACCACUCGCGCUACAAGCUGCAGCCCGUCGACGACGAGGAGGGCUCCGACUAUAUCAACGCCAACUACGUGCCCGGCCAUAAUUCGCCCCGCGAGUUCAUCGUCACGCAGGGUCCGCUGCACUGCACGCGCGACGACUUCUGGCGCAUGUGCUGGGAGUCAGGCUCCAGGGCCAUCGUGAUGCUGACCCGCUGCGUGGAGAAGGGGCGCGAGAAGUGCGACCGCUACUGGCCCUACGACACCCGGCCCGUGUACUACGGCGACAUCGCCGUCACCUCGCUCAACGAGAGCCACUACCCCGACUGGACCGUGACCGAGCUCAUGCUGUGCCGCGGCGCCGAGCAGCGCGUGCUCAAGCACUUCCACUUCACCACGUGGCCCGACUUCGGCGUGCCCGACCCGCCCACCACGCUGGCGCGCUUCGUGCGCGCCUUCCGCGAGCGCUGCCCGCCCGACGCGCGCCCCGUCGUCGUGCACUGCAGCGCCGGCGUGGGCCGCUCCGGCACCUUCAUCACGCUCGACACCGCGCUGCAGCAGGAAUUUCGUUUCAUUAUUGAUGAAUCCUUGACCAACGAGAAUGUUAAACGUGUGCAGCUGGCUAGCCACGCGGAGUACGUGGACAUCUUCGGCAUGGUGCACGCCAUGCGUCGCGAGCGCGUGUGGAUGGUGCAGACGGAGCAGCAGUACAUCUGCAUCCACCAGUGCCUCGUGGCCGUGCUCGAGGGGCAGGACCUCGCCGCGCCCCCCCACAACAACCACAACCACCACCUCAAUGCCGCCUUCGAAGAUGACGAGGGCAUCGCGGAGUCGGGCAUGUGA